CUUGGCGCCCCGGACCAGUGAGCGGCGGCGGCGGCGCGCCGGCUGCAUCGGAAAGCGCAGCUGCCCGGCUCUAGUCCACGCCCCCUUCCCGCUCCGGUGACAGUCCCUGCGGAAAGUCGCGUUUGCGAUUUCUGGAGAACGCUGAGCGGGACCACGGCGGUCCAGCCGGGUCUUCCGGGCCAGGUGACGAAGAAACGGUUUCUUGGGGAGCCAUCCCCCCCCCUACCUUCCAGGCAGCCCGCAGCCCCAGGGCCUGAAGAUGCUGAGAUCUACGUGGAAUUUUCUGAAACGUCACAAAAAGAAAUGCAUCUUCCUGGGGACGGUUCUUGGAGGCCAGAAUUCAGGCAGCAAGUCAGGUGUCAAGUCAGGUGUAUAGAUGAUCCUGAGCUCCAUGCUUUAGGAAUAUAUAUCCUGGGGAAAUACGGACAGAAGAAAAUCAGAGAAAUACAAGAAAGGGAGGCUGCAGAAUACAUUGCCCAAGCACGACGACAGUAUCAUUUUGAAAGUAACCAGAGGACUUGCAAUAUGACAGUGCUGUCCAUGCUUCCAACACUGAGAGAGGCCUUAAUGCAGCAACUCAAUUCUGAGAGCCUUACAGCUCUGCUAAAAAACAGGCCUUCAAACAAGCUAGAAAUAUGGGAGGAUCUGAAGAUAAUAAGUUUCACAAGAAGUAUAGUAGCUGUAUACAGUACUUGCAUGCUGGUUGUUCUUUUGCGAGUUCAGUUAAACAUAAUUGGUGGAUAUAUUUACCUGGAUAAUGCAGCAGUUGGAAAAAAUGGCACCACAGUUCUUGCUCCCCCAGAUGUCCAACAGCAGUAUUUGUCAAGUAUCCAACACCUCCUUGGAGAUGGCCUGACAGAAUUGAUCACUGUCAUUAAACAGUCUGUGCAGAAGAUUUUAGGAAGUGUUUCUCUUAAACAUUCUUUGUCUCUUUUGGACUUGGAGCAAAAACUAAAAGAAAUCAGAGAUCUCGUUGAGCAGCAUAAGUCGUCUUCUUGGAUUAAUAAAGAUGGAUCCAGAUCUUUAUUGUGCCAUUAUAUGAUGCCAGAUGAAGAAACUCCAUUAGCAGUUCAGGCCUGUGGGCUUUCUCCUAGAGAUGUUACCACUAUUAAACUACUCAAUGAAACUAGAGACAUGUUGGAAAGUCCAGAUUUUAGUACGGUUUUGAAUAUCUGUUUAAACCGAGGAUUUAGCAGGCUGCUAGACAAUAUGGCUGAGUUCUUCCGACCUACUGAGCAGGACCUCCAACAUGGUAACUCCAGGAAUAGUCUCUCCAGUGUCAGCCUGCCUUUAGCUAAGAUAAUUCCAAUAAUAAAUGGACAGAUCCAUUCAGUUUGCAGUGAAACACCUAGUCAUUUUGUUCAGGAUCUGUUGAUGAUGGAGCAAGUGAAAGAUUUUGCUGCCAAUGUGUAUGAGGCUUUUAGUACUCCUCAACAACUGGAGAAAUGAUUUUUUUUUUUUCCUUCGAGAAAAACUACAGUGGUAUUCAUUUACUUUUAAAAAUACACUGAAUAGAGCAACUAUAUAUAGGAUAAUGAUUUGUUAACCAAAAUGCCUAAUAAAAAUAUAUUCUUAAAGCCUCCAUUUCAUAAUAAAAUAGAUUUAUUCGGUAUCUUAAUAUAUUUUUUUAAAGUCAUCAUCAGACUGGUUUUUGUGGGUAUACCUGAGUGUACACAGUGCACAUGUUGGAAUUGUUAAUAGUUUGUUACCCAUGGAUAUUAGUUCCAAAUGGAUUAAAAACUAAUAUAGAUACUUUUUUAUAUGAAAUUCAUUAUACUUUGACAUUAAUACUGAGGUAAUACCUGGGAAGCAGGUAUAAAGUUUGGAAAAUACGGUCUUUAAUCAUAAAGUUCACGGGACUGCAGUUUAAGGAGUGAAUUAGACUUUCCUCCAGUUAGUCUUCAAAGGGAUAAAUUAUUUGUCUUAAAUAUACCUAAUUAGGGAUUUUUUUAUGGAAAUCAUUGAAUUUAAUAACCAUGAUUGGCAAUUUUUUUCUUUACCGUUGUUAACAAUCCUUAGGAAACUACAUUUUGAUUUAUAGGUGAAAAUUAUGUUGAUGCUGUUUACUCACAGCUGUUACUAACUACUGUACAUAUGGUUUCUUUCAUUUGUAUGUAAAUAAUUUUAAUAACUUACUUUGUAUUGAUUUUGAGCACAGUGAAUCUUAUUGCAAUAAAAUAUUUUAGUAAAAUA